AUUCAGUAGUUCAUACUAGCAGCAAUGGAAAAUUAUCAGUUCAAUUCCAAUGGUAUUUUUUGCCGUGAAAGAGUUUUCGGGUGGCCAGCAGUAGUUUCAUUGGAACAAAAUGUGAUUCCUGUAUGUAAUUUUUCUUGUGGUAAUGGUACCUGUGUUGGCAAUAACUUGUGUCAAUGCUUUGAUGGUUGGGCUGGAGAUCAGUGUGAUGAAGUAUUAUGUAGUCCAGUAUGUGGUAAUGGAUAUUGUGUACCAACUAACAGUUGUGUAUGUAAUCCUGGCUGGACUGGAGACAGGUGUAGAACAGAUAUAAAUGAAUGCAGUCUUGGUGUCUGUAAUCAAACAUGCAUAAAUACUCAAGGAUCAUAUACUUGUGAGUGUAACAUUGGAUAUCAGUUGAGAAAUGACAACUCAACCUGUGAAGAUAUUAAUGAAUGUGAGACUGUUGAUCACAAUUGUACACAAACUUGCAGUAAUACAGUUGGAUCAUACACCUGUUCUUGUAGAGCUGGAUAUAAAGAUAAUGGAUAUGGAAACUGUACUGAUAAUGAUGAAUGUUCAAUGGGUACCAGUGGCUGUCAACAACUCUGUUUUAACACUAAUGGAAGCUAUUACUGUCAAUGUAAUACUGGAUACAAACUAAUGAAUGAUAAUUCAUCUUGUGAUG